AUGAUGCACAGUGCGAGGGAGUGGUGCGCGGGGGCGGGUGGCAGGGCCAGGGGGCGGUGCGGUGCCGUGCCAGGGGCGGUGCGCGGUGCCGGGAAGGGUGCGCGGCAGCGGGGGAUGGCGGCGGAGCUGCAGGAGCUGCGGGCGCUGGUGGAGCGGGUGGGCGGACGGCAGACCGUGCUGAUGGUGGCCGAGGUGGUGGAUGGGGUCCCGGUGGCGGCCACGCUGGCCGCCUUCGCCUGCGACCUCCUGGGAGACGAGGCGCCGCCGGGGCCGGGAUGCCGGUCCCGGCGGCGAGCGGUUGGCGGUCGGAGGGCGCUGGGAGCGCGGCUGCUGCUGGUGCUGUGCCGCGGUGGGGCGGCGCGGAGCCGCGGGACCCGGGCCCGUCUGCGGGAGAUGGUGCGGGACGUGCGUAGCCGCCUGGCCCCGGCACCGCCGCCCGCCGUCGUCGGCGUCCUCCUGCCCGGCUGCGACGGGGAGGACGCGGCGGUGCUGGACGCGGCGCUGCGGCGGCACUUCCCGGCAUGCGGCACUGUGCAGGCGGCCCGGUACAGCCCCGGCAGCCCUUCAGCCCUGCGCGACUGCCGCGCCGCUGCCUGCUGCGCCCUGCGGGCCGCGCUGCAGCACCCCGCAGAAGAGGGGAAAGACAGGCAGAGGUGGAGGUUCCCAUCCUUCCUGCGGUGCAUUUCCAGGAGCCAGAGGAGCCAGAGAAAAGGUCAUGAAGCAAAAGCUGCAAACAGUGUUCAUGAAGAUGACCCACAGGACCCUGAAGAAGUGGCUCUGACGAGCCUGUCUCCCAAUGGAAACUGUGAGGAAGCUGCUGGACACACAGGCACCUAGAGCUGCUGGGUGUCUAGCACAGUCUGUGUCCUGGAUCUGUGGAUGUGGAGCAGUGAGAGCAGGAGCUGAUGCAUGCUCACUCACUGUCUCCUCCAAGGAGCCACCACUCCAGGGAGAAGCUGCUUGACUUAGUUCACCAGGAUCUUCUGUAGCUGCUGACAGCCUCUGAGGUCCGUGCCAGAGAGCUAUCCACAGCAGUGCCUGGAGCUGUCAAUGGAAUCUGGGG